AUGGAUAAGUCAUGGAUUAUUAAGCCACAAUCAUCGAUUGCGUAUCAAAAAAGGACACAAGAAUUUAUUGAUUUUGCAUUUAAAGGUGCAAAAGAAAACGACGUAGUAAUAUGUCCUUGCAAACGUUGCGGUUUCAGAAAAUUAAAGAGUAGGAGUGACAUGUUCGACCACUUAAGUUGGUCACCAUUUCCGCAGGGAUAUACCAUGUGGAUCCAUCACGGAGAGUCUUUUGUACGAUCUAGUACUAUCUCCCCUAGUACUACUCCAAGUAUGGUAGAAGAUACUAACAUUGUCGAAGAACCUAUUCAGAACAUGAUCAACGAUGCAUUUGGAGUUUAUGGGAAUCAUGCAAAUGAAAUACCAUCUGCGUCAAAUUUGGAGAUUGAACAAGAAGAUUAUGUGAUGCCAAGCUCAACUCAGGAAAGAAACGAAGCCAAGGAGUAUUAUGAGUUGGCUAGAGAAGGAGAACAACCUUUAUAUGAAGGGUGUAGACGAUAUUCAAGACUAUCUUUUUUGGUUAAGUUGUACCAUAUAAAGUGUUUAUGUGGAUUGAGUGAGAAGGAAAUGACAAUGAUUUUAGAGUUAAUAAAAGAUGCAUUUGAAUAUGCAAACAUUCCAAGUUCAUUCUAUGAAGCCAAGAAAUCAAUCACAAAACUUGGUUUGAAUUAUGUAAAGAUACCCGCAUGUCCAAACGGUUGUAUGCUUUAUUGGGGAGAAGAUGAGGAGAGGGAGACUUGCAAAAAUUGCAACACUUCAAAAUGGAAAACAAAUGAGGAUGUCUCUGUUAACAAGAAAAAAAAGAAAAUUCCUGCCAAGGUUCUUCGGUUGGGUUCACUUUCUGGGUGGAACACAUACACAGGACUUGCUUGCCCAUCGUGUAACUUUCAAACUACACCUCUCCAUCUUAAAGCUAGUCGUAAAUGGUGUUUUAUGGGUCAUCGUCAUUUCCUUGAUCGGAGACACAGGUUUAGAUUGAACAAGAUCCGCUUUAAUGGUGAACAAGAAAUGCGGAGUCCACCGAGAACAUUAUCUGGACAUGAAGUUUUUGAAAAGGUUAAAGAUGUUGAAGUCAUCUUUGGUAAAAAGGCAGUGAAAGAAAAAUCAGUAAAAAGAACACGUGAGGAACAACCUAUAGAAGGUGAUAGUACACAAUGUGAUCCUACAAAAGAAGUUAAACUUGGAGGUCCUGUUCAUUAUCGAUGGAUGUAUCCUGUUGAAAGGUACUUGGGAAAACUUAAAUCGUAUGUACGUAAUAAGGCAAAACCAGAAGGGUCUAUUGCAGAAGGAUACCGUUUUGAAGAGAUUCUUACAUUUUGUUCAAGAUAUCUAGAAAAUAUUGAGACUAGAUGGAAUCAACCUGGACGUGUAGAUGAUGACCCUAUUGAUGAUAUCCAAACUGCUUCACGUGUAGCUGAAUUAUUUCCUAGAGUUGGAAAACCUGUGGGUGGAUCUUCUUAUUACACCCUAACACCAACUGAAAAAUUGCAGGCUCAUAGACACGUUUUAACAAACUGUCCAAUAGUUGACGACUAUCUAAAGCAGUUCCGAAGUUUUACUCAAAACCAAAUGAGGCGCAGUCAAAGAAGUGCUACUGAGAUAGACAAGAAGGUUCAUAAGGAGUUUGCGCAUUGGUUCAGCAAUCGUAUUCGCAACAAUCUUGACAACAUUCAUAGGCCAGAUAAAGAUGUUCUCAUUAGUCUUGCUCAUGGACCUUUUGAUAAAGUUAAAAUAUUUACCGCGUUCAAUGUCAAUGGAUUCAAGUUUCGAACGUUGGAACGAGACAAUAUUUUAAAAACUCAAAAUAGUGGAGUUUUUGGCAUGUUUGGGACACGAAGUUAUUCAAGCAAUAGUGAUACCCAAAUGAGAUUUGGAGGGGUCCCUUACUAUGGAAGAUUAAUAGAUAUUAUUGUGCUUUCCUAUGAUGGCUUCACAGUGCCCAUGUUUAAAUGUGAAUGGGCUAAUACCAUAAACCCAAGAGGAAUUAAGAUAGAUAAGUUGGGUUUUACCUCUAUAAACUUUGCAAGACUACUACAUACUAGUGAACAUGAAGAUAAUGAGCCAUAUAUUCAAGCAUCUGAAGCUCAUAUGGUUUUUUAUGUAGAUGAUGAGAGUGAACAAGGAUGGAGCAUACCUGUUCAUUUGAAGCCAAGAGACUUGUAUGACAUGGGUGGAAAUGAUGAAAUUAUGACACCCAUUGAGCCAUAUCCAUCACAAAAUUUGGAACAAAUCUUUUCAAAUGAUGAUCUUGGAACUUCAGCGACAAAUGAUGACAAUAGUUAA